AUGAAGAAAAAACAGCAGCAGCAGCAGCAACAACAUCAUCAACAGAAGCAUGGCAAAGAUGGAAAGGAACUUGAGCUUGAAAUCACCAAGGCAGUGGCACAAGCAUGGUAUGGAAGAUCCACCAGCUCUAAGUCAUCAUCCACAACCGAAUUCGACACCCCGCGCCGGCAAAAUUUCAAGAGCAGGCCAAGUAGAUUCAAGCUUGAAGCAAUGAGAAAAGCUUCAUUACCGUCAACAACUUCAUCAUCAUCAAGGAGUGAGUUUGAAAAUGGCAGCAGUUUCAGUGCAACUACUUCAUGGGAUUUUGGUCAAUCCCUCUGGGAUUCUUAUGAGAUUGUGGCCAUUUCGAAAAGAUUGGAAAGAGGGUUAGCGUUAGAUUACACAUUCUGUUUAGAGAAUGAUGAGGUAAGGAUUAAUGGCUUUUACAAGAAGAAGAAAGAGAGUAAGAAUAGCCUCAGAAAUCUUCUUAAUAAGAUGUCAUCUAGGAGAUUCAAUGAACCAAUUGCGCCUGAUGAAGAGGGCAAUGAGUUCCAUUGA